UGUUCCAUUUUCACCUUUUAAACGGACAAAUACGAAAUGAAAAAUUCAAAUAAAAUGAAUAUCUCAAUAUUAUAUUGAAAUAGAUUGCAUAUUGCUUCAAAAUAAUAAUAAUAAUAUUUUAAUUAAAAAUAUUUACAAUGGAAAUGCGUUUUGUUUUAAUUUCUACAUUUUUAAUACAACUUGUAAAAAGUGAUAAAUACUUGUCAUGUUUAAAAGGAAUGCAAGGAAUUUCAAUUUCAUGUGACAGUGAAGAAAAAUUGAAUUUAAUUUUACGUUAUCAAAAACAAAAGGGUUUUGAUUUUAUGAGAAUUGUCCGCUUUCCACAAAUUAUUGUUGAAGUUUUAGUGAAGGCCAGUAAAGUACCUAAUUUUAAAAAAGAACUCGAAACUCAUCGUAUUCAACAUCAAGUGUUUAUUAGAGAUUUACAAAAAAUUGUUGAAAUUGAAUUAAACGAACAACAAGAAUUUGAACCAAAAAAUGGCAAUAGUCGACGUUUUAAUAAUACAUUUUCAUUUAAUUAUUUUCCACGUUAUCAAACAAUAAAAAAUUUUCUUGACUCAAUAACAAAAAGAAAUAGAGAUGUCACUUUAUUAGAACUUGGAACAUCAACUGAGAAACGUGAAAUGUAUGGUGUAAAAAUUUCAUCAGGUGGAAGAAAUAAACCAUCAAUUGUAAUUGAUGCUGGAAUUCAUGGUCGUGAAUGGAUUGCACCAGUUACUGCAUUAUUUGCUAUUAAUGAACUUGUUCAAGUUCAUAACAAACAUCUUUAUAAAAAUGUCGAUUGGUAUAUUAUACCAUUGUUAAAUCCCGAUGGAUACGAAUUUUCUCACACUAAAAAUCGUCUUUGGAAAAAAACAAGAUCAAAAACUAGAGGUUCAUUGUGUCGUGGUGUUGAUGGAAAUAAAAAUUUCGAUUUUAUGUGGAUGGAAACAGGAGCUUCCAACGAUCCAUGUGAUGCAAUAUACGCAGGAAGUAAAUCAUUUUCCGAACCCGAAACACGAAAUUUUCGUAAUUUCAUACAAAGUGGAAAUAAAAAUAUAAAAGUUUACAUAUCCUUGCAUUCUUACGGAAAGUUUUUUCUACAUCCUUGGGGAUAUACGGAAAAACUACCAAAAAAUGAACCAACACUUAGGAAAGUAGCACAAGAAGCAGCUGAUGCACUGGCAGAACUUCAUGGAACCCAAUACAUUAUCGGUAGUUCCAGUACAUUACUUUAUCCGUCAUCGGGAGGAAGUGAUGAUUGGAUGAUGGCAAUGGGUGAUGCUGAAUUAUCAUUUUCAAUAGAACUUCCUGGCAGUUCGUUUAUUUCAAAUUCAUCAAAAAUAAAACCAGUUGGUCAAGAAAUUUUUGAAGCACUAAAAUUUUUUGCUAAAUUUGCCGAAGUAGGCAUUAAGCACGGAUAAAAUAAUAAUUAAUCAAAAUUUGUAUACAAUAAAAAAUUGUAGAUUAACUAUAGAAUGAGUUGAAAGUGUGACUGAAAUAAUGCAUUCAAAUGUAAUAAUAAACCUUUUGAGAUAAGAUAAAUAAUAUUAUAUCCUCCCACAGUCUGCUAACGAUGUGAUAAAAAAAAACACACCAAAUAUCUAAAAUUUUAUAAAUGAGCUUUGUAUACACCACUAACAACACAAUGAUGAAUUUAUUUGUAGUAUUUUUUAUUAUUUCUCAUUUUAUAUUUGUAACAACUGAAUAUAUACCAUCAACAAAGGGAAUGCAAUGUCUUUCGAUAAAAUGUGACACUGAGAAAAAACUGGCAUUUGUGUUAAAAUUUCAAACGGAUAGAGAUUUUGAUUUUAUAUCAAUUACAAGAAAACCCUAUGACAAUGUUGAAGUUGCAAUCACAGAAUCUA